UCUUUAGGCGCUUGAAGCAUUUUCUCAUGCUAUUUGGCACACACACACCAGGGUUUUGGCGUCAAAUUUGUGAUCAAAUGCGAUUUACCAGCAGGUACUGUCUGCAGCAGGUUCUGUAGUCUUCCGACCUUACAAAUAUUUUUUUUCACUGCACAGGUCCUGCCAAAAAGUUGAAAGAGCUGAGAAUUUUGAUACUUGGUGAAAAGUUGUCAGGAAAGACAACAGCAGGAAAUUGCCUCCUGCGGGGCAAAGUGUUCCCCGCCCAACCGAAUGACGGCUGCAUGGCCUGGCAGGGACAGGUUGCUGGCAUGCAAGUCACAGUGGUCGAUACCCCGGGCUGGUACAGUGAGUCCGACUGCACCCAGCAACAGGACAGAGAAAUAGUCCGGGGUCUGACCCUGAGCCCUCAGGGGUUCGACGCUGUUCUGAUUGUGAUUUCCUUGGAUUUCAAAUUCGACCAGGUCAGUCUGGACACCCUGCAGGAUCACAUCAAGCUCUUUGGCGACAGCAUCUGGAACCACACAAUGCUUCUGUUCACAAACCAAGACACUUUGGGAGACAGAUCCCUGGAGGAGUUUAUCGAGGGGGAAGACAGACCACUUCGAUGGUUGGUCGACAAGUGUGGAAACACCUACCACUGUCUGCAUGUCACAGAUCAAACCGACAUUAGUCAGCACUACGAGCUGUUUGAAAAGAUAGAGGGCAUGUCAGCAAAGAAUCAGGGCCGCCUGUUCCGCCCCGACAUGAAAGACGUCGACCUGAGGCUCCAUGAAAAGUUCCAGAGGAGGAUAAUCAAAAAAGCUCUUCUACAUAAGAUUGAGCAGGCUGUCAGAAGACGAGAGCUGGAGCUGUUUCAGGACCACAAGAACAAUCUUGAGAAGCUGGAACAGGACAUAAAAGAGAUGACUUCUUCUACAUUGACACUGAGUAGCAAGAGCAGAACCAAGAAGAAAUCUGUACUGUCAGAUAUCGAGAACCAGAUCCAAGGCCUGAAUGCGAACAUUAUGAAGUCAAUGGGUCAACUUCGGAGCAGCAUGGACUUUGGAGUCCCGAGCAGUCCUCCCAAAAAGUUGAAAGAGCUGAGAAUUUUGAUACUUGGUGAAAAGUUGUCAGGAAAGACAACAGCAGCAAAUUUCCUCCUGCGGGGCAAAGUCUUCCCCGCCCAACCGAAUGACGGCUGUAUGGCUAAGGCGGGGCCGGGUGGCGGGGUGCAAGUCACAGUGGUCGAUACCCCGGGCUGGUACAGUGAGUCCGACUGCACCCAGCAACAGGACAGAGAAAUAGUCCGGGGUCUGACCCUGAGCCCUCAGGGGUUCGACGCUGUUCUGAUUGUGAUUUCCUUGGAUUUCAAAUUCGACCAGGUCAGUCUGGACACCCUGCAGGAUCACAUCAAGCUCUUUGGCGACAGCAUCUGGAACCACACAAUGCUUCUGUUCACAAACCAAGACACUUUGGGAGACAGAUCCCUGGAGGAGUUUAUCGAGGGGGAAGACAGACCACUUCGAUGGUUGGUCGACAAGUGUGGAAACACCUACCACUGUCUGCAUGUCACAGAUCAAACCGACAUUAGUCAGCACUACGAGCUGUUUGAAAAGAUAGAGGGCAUGUCAGCAAAGAAUCAGGGCCGCCUGUUCCGCCCCAACAUGAAAGACGUCGACCUGAGGCUCCAUGAAAAGUUCCAGAGGAGGAUAAUCAAAAAAGCUCUUGAACAUAAGAUUGAGCAGGCUGUCAGAAGACGAGAGCUGGAGCUGUGUCAAGACCUCAAGAAAAAUCUUGAGAAGCUGCAACAGGACAUAAAGGAGAUUUUUUCCUCUCCAUUGGCACUGCCCACAGGUAGCAAGAGCAGAACCAAGAAGAAAUCUGUACUGUCAGAUAUCGAGAACCAGAUCCAAGGCCUGAAUGCGAACAUUAUGAAGUCAAUGGGUCAACUUCGGAGCAGCAUGGACUUUGGAGUCCCGAGCAUGAGUGGAUCCACCCAAUACAUGGAUGAAUUUCAGCAAUGGCUGUCUCAUCUUCACGUUCGCACAAAUCAAGAUUCUACCCUGACCCUCAACUAUUCAGAGUCAUCGGGAUACGAAUCGCAUUUUUCAGAUGACUGAGCUGCAUCAAUGUCAUCGGCAUACCAGUCGGGGAAAAGGCACUGUUCUGCCUGUACCUGCUCAUUGGCCUCAGGGAUAAUGAUCAAAUAGGGGCCACACAUUUCACACGCACAAACCUUUUAAAACAAUAGUGGAUUUUUUCCCAAUCAAUUCCAAGAAUAAAACAUAUAUUCUAAUGUACUGCACUGACAUAGCAAGCAACUACACAUAGGCAAAUUACGGACACAUAGUGCACUCUUGUGCCAACAAUCCUGGCUCAAAAUAGUAUUUAAAAAUUAAUAAGUACAAAACAACAUUUUCUCCGGUUUCCUCCCACACCCC